UUGUGACCUAGGCAAGAACAAAAUAAUAGGCUUAGACAUAUAAGUUAUGAAACCGUUCAGACAAUGGAUGGGACCAGGGGGGUGGAGAUUUAAUAGAUCGUAUUGUGGCUGUGCAUGAAAUUCGAACUAUUAAUAAAAGGGUUGUAAUGGACGAUCUCACCAAUCUCUGCCUUAGGCCAUCGACUCAAUGAAGACAAUCUGCUUGGAUUUUGUUGCGUCUUUUCUCCAGCAUAAAUAAAAAAAACUAACUACAAUACACAUAAAACGAGGGUACACUACAAAAGUGUUGUUGAUUACGUUACUGUGGUUACGGAGACAAUGGAAGAUGUUAAUGGCAUUGAUACAAUGGAAGAGAUGGUUACGGUUGACAAUGGUCACUACAAAGACAAAUGCGACUGUCGCGCAAUCUAGCUUGGGGUGGGGGCGCUGCAAACCACCGAUCGGGCAAAACCAUCUUGUUUAUAUUUACAGCUAGUUGCGCCAUCUUGAGCUUUAGGUGGUUUUUAGCUUGCUUAAAAAAACCAAAUUAUUUCUCUGAGCACAACGUUUAAAGGAAAACCUUGGUAUAGUAUAGUUUUACAUAACACCGAUCCAAUUUCGUUCCAAAUUAACUGUAGCUGAAGAUGAGAGGGCAAAUUCAAAUUUGCCCCUCUUAAGUCGAUCUAGGCGAAGAACCAAGUAGGUCAUACGAUUUGCUUAAAGUGAUUGAUCCUGCAGAAAUCAGUCCUUGUUCAAUAUUUUACUGGCCAAGCUUUGGCCUAGGCAUCAUCAAGAAAAUAGCCACAGUCUUACAGUCUUGUUAUGCGAAAGAAUAUCUACAACUGCUAGGUCCAACCAAACAGUCCAAACAAAGUUUUGAUGUGCUUCAAAGAAGGAUUAGUGCAGUCGUUGAGGUGAUGAACCAGGAACAAAUUGGUAGAAAAGCAAAAAGUACAUCAUUUUACGUAGAAUUUUUUCCUCUAUAACAUAUCCAAAAUCGCCUAAAAUCCAACUUGGGGAAAAGUUAUUCUAGAACUUUUGUGACACAGCUUUCUAGCGCCACUGCUGGGGGUAACGGGCCAUGAAGCUACGUUACCACGACUCCCCAACUUGCAGCGAAGGCCCAACGCCCUUGCUCUGAAAUUAAAGGCUAAAAUGGGCUUUAUCAAGAUACUGCUUUGUAGCGUGGUUAAAAUGUUCAUCUUUUCUAACACCUUUUUGCGAAUCUUUGGCCUGGGGUUCUGUUUAUACAAAAUAAAUAUGAAUACAGUGUUACGCGGCAAAUAAAAUUCCCGCCCAUGUUUUUAGGGAAAUCAGAAACAAAACUGACUUCUUCCUUCAUUAGCCCUCUUAUUUAUUUUUCAGGCCUAGAAUAGGAGAAUUGUUCCUUACGUAAAUCUACCAUUUUAAAAGAAAAACGGAUUUCUUGUUUUUCUGAACAGAUGCCCUUAGUUGUGCUACAAGUACUUGAUUAUCGAAUGUGGCCUCGUAUAUCAUAUAAACCUCAAUAAAAAUGUUUCCCCACGGUCGAUUUUGGGCGAUUUAGAGUAUGUUAUAGAGGAAAAAAUUAUGCACAGGAUGGUGGAAAAAUUCGCUUUUCUACCGUUUUUUUCCCAGUUGACCUUAAAUUGAACGCUACACGAUCUCACUAGAUGGUUAUCACUAGAUCACGAUGGAAUUAGCCUUGAAGAGUUUGCUGUUUUUUGCCAAAGGAUAAGAGUGCUAGAUUCUGUUUGUCUUUUCGGGUACUCUUUUGUUCAGCUCGAGGAUGGUAUUUUAACCUGCAAAUACAAUAUUGCGUGACUAAAGCGCAACCUUUCGCGGUUUGCUGAAUUAACAUUCAGUCUGUCAUUGUCAAGGAUCACGAAGGGACGAAUGUGUGACCGGGUGAGAGAACCAAACGAUGUCUCUAUGUUGCACGAAAUCUUCAUUGCCAUGGUGAACCAUCAAGAUGAUGCCCAUAUACAAGAAACUGGAUGCAGAGCCGUAAGCAGGCUGCUUGACAACAGCCCUAGCGUAGUGUCAUUGAUCGGUGAGGAUGAAGAACAGUUGUCCAUACACAACUCGGUGUUCGCUGCGAUGAACAUUCACAUCAAAGAUCCGUACGUCUUCCAGGCAUCAUGCGCCGCAUUGCACGAUCUGGCAACGGCAUCAAGUAGGUUGCAACAGUUUCUAGUUGCGCGAGGCUGUUACGUCACUAUUGUGGACCACAUGCGGGAGAAUAUUAAUGACGCUGCAAUUCAGGAGUGGGGUUUCAGAGCCCUUCGUGCACUGUGCUCAGAAAAUGUACUUCAAGAAGAAGUGCUGAUAAAGUACGACUUGCUAACAGAUAUUCGUAAAACAUUGCAUGUUUUUGCGGACAAUACAGGGGUGUUGGAAGAGGCCUUGAGCCUACUGGCAUGCAUGGCUGCUGAUAUGGACAUAGUGAGGCGACAAUGUUUGCUAGAGUUGACCCAUGAUCGUGUCGUUGAAAUCAUGAAUGCACACAAAGGUGCCAUUCCCUUGCUGAAAAUAUGUUUUGAGAUCCUCGCCGUUUUUGCUGCUUCAGAAGAGCAGGAAAUACUAUGUGGUGUACUAGGUGCUGUUGAAGAAGUGAUGAGGAAGUACAAGUUCGAGAAGGACCUUCAGCUUACAGGAUGCAUUUUGACACAGCUUCUUGCAAGCAUGGCCAUUUGUGAAAAUUAUGUUGCCUGUAGCAACAGUGUUAGUCUCAUCAGUGAAGCCUUGAUAAAUUUCCCCUCUGACGUUGAAGUGCAGUCUGAAGCUGUUGUUGCAAUGAAAGUUUUAGCCGAGCUUGAGAACGGACUGAAGGCAAUUAUCCAUCUGAAUGCUUAUGAACACUUAUUUGCUAUAUUGAACUCUAAAGCAUUGCCUUCUGACAUUCUUGAAAUUUCUGCAGAGAGUCUUAUGAUAAUUGGGAGCAAUCCGGAGAAUAGCGAUCGAAUGCUGCAAUGGGCUCUUGUGAGAGGAUGCAAAAAAGAAGCUGAAUGGCUUUUAGGGAUCGGGGCAGACAUUGACGGAGCUACCCAGAAUAAAUCAAACGUUAUUAUUGCUGCAGAGACAUCCAAUUAUAAGAUGAUGAAAUUUCUUCUAGACAACGGAGCAUCACAUACGCAGGAAGCUCUGAAGAUCAGUCAAAGCAAGUCCGACUCUAUCAUGAUUGGCAUUUUGCUAAGGCAAAUCGGAUUGGAAAGAAAAGGAGACACCUUGGUCUGGUCGAAUUUGAACAUAUCUGAACUGCAAACUGAGUACUUUACGUCUUCGUUCAUUGAAGAAACGGAUGGACAUGAAGAAACGUUUCAGGGGGAUGAUUGGGCCAAUUAUUUUGAGACAGCUGCAGCUAGACGAAAGCAAAGGUUUUCAUCGCUAGAUUUUUCCUUUGAGAGUUUAAGUGAGGAUUCUGGCAGCGAGGAGCAAGCCACUUCAUCACCAAAAAUCCAAGUUAGCCGUGAACGGCCUAGAUCUAGUAGCGGUGCCCUCCUUCCUUUCAACUCUCUCGAUCCGCGUCUAGAGGGGCCUAUGGAAACGUGCAAAGGUUUCGUUCGUCUGGAUUCUCCUACAUUACGAAAUUCGUACCCAGGCCACCCAGACAGUUUGCUAAUACCAGACGUGGACUGCGGUAACUUGCUUCCAAGUCCAACAAACAAUGAUAUUGUGCCACCAAAGCACAUGCUAUUGAAACGUGCUACCUCCUUAAAACCUCUAAUGCUCGAUGAUAUGUCACCUGACAGUUCCUCCACGGCUGCUAACUUAAGAGCAAACAUCAGAAAGUCCCGUUCAAUGGACCUUCGCACAAAGAUUAACGCUGAAUCGAAACCGGUUAUUCUUUAUGCUGAUAUGUCUUUCAACCAGAUUUCCCAUUUCGAAGUGCUAUCGACACCAAAUCGCUUUAUUAAACCUUUCUUGAACGGUCUUGUCAGACUGGAUUUAAAGGGUAACAAAUUGAAGGAAUUCUCAGGCGUGGUCUGCCUCGAAUUGACGAGCUUAAAACAGCUUUCCCUUGCUGAAAAUCAAUUGGAAGAUUUUCCGUAUGACAUUUUGAAAAACAAAACGUUAGAAGUAUUGAACCUCAGCAAAAAUUCUAUCAAAGACUUGAAUGAGCAGCAAAUGCACCACCAUGUUUCUUUAAGUAGAUUAGAAUUGGAUGCCAAUGAUCUGACCAAGCUGCCAGCCUGGCUGGAUGAUAUUUUUCCUGCUCUCACCACAUUGAGUAUGUCUCAAAAUCGUAUUGCUUUGCUGCCUUCAAAGCCACUGCACUUAAGACAGCUCAGAUUUUUGAAUCUCUCUUUCAACAAACUUGAGACUAUACCAGCCCAUUUCCUCGAUCACUGUUUAAUGUUAGAAAAGCUGGAUCUUACCAUGAAUAACUUGAUAUCAUUGCCAGGACAAUCUGCUAAAACAUUCAACCGGCUGUCACAUAUCAAGCUGUCUCACAACCAGCUCAAAGAGCAGGCCCCAUGGCAUGUACCAAAGUUCUUGUUGGAACUGCAAAAUCUCGCUUAUUUAGAUAUUUCUCAUAACAAAAUAACCCAGAUACCAGCUCCAGCAAUGUGGGCGUCACACUGCGUCAAGGACCUAAACUUCAGUCAUAAUCGGAUAAACAAAAUCAACUUGGAUGAAAGUGCCUCGAAUUGGCGUAGCCUCUCUCAUCUGAAUCUGAUGCACAACAAAAUUGAGCGUCUACCGAAAUUUAUUGGGCAUCUCACUGGUCUGACAUAUCUAAACUUCAGUUACAACCCCCUCGUAGAAAUUCCGGAUGAGAUUGGGUUUCUUAGAAACCUACUAGAGUUGCCAUUGGAUUCCAGUUUAACUUUAACGCUCGAUGCAUCAAUAAGAGAUGGCACUGCCCAAGAAAUAUGCACAUUUCUUUACUCAAAAAUGAAGAAUUCUGUUCCUUAUCUUCGCAUGAAGUUGAUGGCUGUCGGCAUGGAAGGUCGCGGGAAAAGCUCCCUGUUAAGGGCGUUGCAAAGUAUGAAACGGUCAGAAAUCGAUUCUGCUACUGUGGGUAUUAGGAUCAAACCAUGGUACCUGACUAUUCCAAAGAAAUAUCAACGCAAAACAUGGAAUAAGAAGACAAACUUUGUCUUGAGCAUGUGGGAUGUUGCAGGCCAGGAGGAUUUCCAUUCAACGCAUCAGUGCUUUAUGACGUCACGAACUCUGUACCUUGCUGUUUUUGAUGCCAGCAAAGGUCCUAGUGAGCUAGAGCAUUUACGGCCAUGGCUGCUCAACAUCAAAGCCAGCGCUCCCUAUUCCCAGGUUAUUAUUGUCGGCACUCAUUUAGACCAAAUAGAAGGGAACAAGAAGGAACAUCUGAGAGAACUUGAAGUAUGCAUCAAUGAUUUCAUUAAAAACCCCGGACUGCCAACAUGUCGAGGAUCUGUUAUUGUUAGUUGCCAUGGUAAGAGCAAUGCCAUAGAGGUAUUACGAGAGAAGAUUUUGGAUACCAUAGACACCUGCACCUUCCGUGCACAGUCACCCAUGGAUCAAACUGUGCCAAAAAGCUAUGUGCAGCUUGAAGAUCUACUGGUUGAAGAAGCCAGCAAUCUGAUUGACGCAAAACAGAUCCCAGUCAUCUCAAGGCGAUCGAUCUUCAAAAUCGUCCAGGAUAAUAAUUUGCAACUGGAAAAGCAGGAACUAGAUCAGGCUGUAAAAUUUCUUCACGAAGUUGGUGCUUUGCUGCAUUUUGAAGAUCCUAGCUUAAAAUUAUCGGAUUGCUACUUCAUCAACCCUGAGUGGCUGAGUCAAAUGAUGGCACAGGUCGUCACUGUGAAGGAGAUUAAUCCGUUUGUAAAUGAGCAGGGCAUUGUGCACCGAAAGAACCUGCCGAUACUGUUUCGAGAUGAGCGCUUCCCAGUAGAAUUUAUCGAUACCUAUUUACGGCUUCUACAAAAGUUCGAAGUGGUUAUUCCUCUUUCGGAUGAAGAAUUCCUGAUCCCGUCCAAACUCCCUAUCAAGCCAUCUGGAUUCACAAACAGAGUGACUAAGCAUGCGAUUUACAAAGAGGGGAAUCUCAACCGAUAUUACAAAUUCAAUUACAUCCCUGUCGGCUUUUGGGGUCGAAUCAUUUCCAGACUAAUGCUAUUUUAUUCUCCACUUCAGUGCGAGGCAGACAAGACACCAUUGGUUGAAUACUGGAAGGAUGGAAUAUUCAGAUUCUGGUCAGAGGAUAAAUACUUUGUGGUGGCAACAUCAGAGCUCCACCCAGAAACAGUCGAAAUCAUUGUGCCAAUAUCCCAAAGGGGAUACGAGCUACUUGGGUUUUUGGUAGAUCAUGUUGAAGCUUUGAUAGAAGAGUGGUACCCCGGACUAACGAUUCCUGACCCAAAAGGGAAACUGCCUGUUGAAAGGCUUGUGCCUUGCUUGCAUUGUGCCAGUUUGGACAAAAAACAUUAUUUCACUGUGGACCAGUGCAUCACGCGUUCAAACGAGAGCGAUUCAAUAUGGUGUCCCUCUCACGAAGGUGAGGUCGAUCUAAAAUGCCUAGCACCUGAUGUCCUCUUUGCGGAUAUUGAUGGAAAAUAUGUUUUAAAAGAUGGCGAUAUCGAAAUUAAAGAUUCAACGAAGAACGUUCUUGACGGGGGAUCAUUUGGUACUGUGUACCAAACACAGUGCAAAGGAAACAGGAAUGUGGCAGUAAAGGUUUUCAAAUCAGGAGAAGCGUAUUCCCCACACCGAUCUCUUCGCCAGGAGGUUACCAUUUUGCAGCAGUUACAUCAUCCCAGCUUGGUUUCCAUGGUUGGCGUGAUACUGAGGCCAUCUCGCUGCCUUGUCUUGGAGUUAGCGACUAAAGGUUCUCUACGCAAGGUUCUAAAUCGAGAUCACUUGAGCCGGGGGAUGCAGCAAAGAAUCGCAUCACAGGUUGCUGAUGGCCUGGCAUAUCUGCACAGUCUGAACAUUGUUUACCGAGAUAUGAAGCCGAGCAACAUCCUAAUCUUUUCUUUAUCAAUGGGGAUACCAGUCAAUGCAAAGAUUUCAGAUUACGGCAUUUCACAGUACAUCACUCCGCAAGGGCUGUGCGAGAUAAGUGGCAGCCCAGGGUACCGAGCUCCUGAAGUGGACAAAGGAUAUUGGAUUUACAACAAAGAGGCCGACAUAUUCUCCUUUGGUGUGACACUUUUUGAACUCGUUACUGGCGGUAGGAAGUUGUUUGGAAAGGAGGCUAUGUAUCAAAGCGAAAGAGACAACAACUUUGUGCAAGGAAGAGGCAUCAAAUCCAUGAUGGCGAUGGGAUGUCCCCACUGGCCAGACAUGCAAAAUAUAAUUUUGAACUGCCUAAACUUUAUACCUGAUAAAAGACCCAGUGCGAAGCAACUAGCGCAGUGGUUGUCCUCCGCAGAUACCUUGUGUUUAAAGCAAGAAGUUGGCGUAUGUAAAGGACAAGCCGUGGAAUGCAUGGCAGUGUACCAGAGUUUUAACCGCGAAGGCGAAACCAUGGAACUGUGGAUCGCAAGCGGAGAUUCAUCUGGACAAACCCAAAUGUCAUGGCUUACUCUCGUUGGGGAUGGAACCCAGGUAUCUGGUUGCCGAGGGAUGUUUCUGCGAGAUGAGCGUGUACUGUGCAUGUGUAUAAUUAAAGAUCAGAUGGUAAUAGCUGGAACACAGAAAGGAAACAUCGUAGUAUUUGAUGCAGAGUCACACGAACAGCUUAACACUAUUACAGACCUUGGUGAUUCUGUUCUGUGUUUGAAGAUGUACUCUGUUGAUAAUCGUUACUUGAUUAUUGCCGGUUUGGCUAAUGGACACAUUGCAAUCUUCAAUGGAAAUGAUUUUGCUAAAACUGAUCAAAUCCGCCCAAUAACCCAAAUGGAAGUUUUGCAAAAUGAGGAGGGUUUAUCAGACUCGAAGCGACGCCACCCGGUAACCUCUAUUCAGAUAUCACGCCGAAAAUGUUACUGCGGAGUAGGAGGACGAAUUGCAGUGAUUGACCCAAACCGAGGCCAUACAGAGCGCUUCAUAUCAAACGGAGGCGAAGUUAAUAACAUAAUCAAUCAGAUUUCUAUACGGAAAUAUAUCUGGACUUCUUCGAAAUCAAGUAGUGUAGUUCAUUGUUUAGAUUCGACAACUGGUAUUCUACGAGGUUCGUUUGACUGUGCAAAAGUUCUUCGGGAACGCUACCAGGAUAUAUCUCAGAGUGACUGUCGUGUUUUGAGCUUGUACCAACAGAGUGAUGCGUUGUGGAUUGGAUGCGGAGGAGGACAUGUCAUAAUUAUCGAUCCAAACUCGAACUUCAAGGUUCUUGCUGUGGUUUCCCGGCAUAGUUCAGCUGUCCGAUGCAUCAUCGGUGCAUCCGGUAACGAUGAAGGAAAACCGGUUUCGUUGGUGUUAACAGGUGGUAUUGGAUUUUCUGAGAGAGCACAAAAAGUGGGCACUUGUGAUAGCAAUUUCGGUUAUGUACUUGUAUGGCAAGCAGAACUACCCCAGCACUAUGCGUAUUUAGAUAAUUUAAGGAGGUCAAGACAAGCGCUAAUAGAGUCGUAAAGCUUCGUGUUAAUUAGCAAGCGUGCUUUUGCGAUAACUUUGUAAUUGUACAUUGAAUAAGCAUAAAAAACGGAAUCUGAUUAAACAGGUCCUUGUGACAUGUAAGUAUGUAAUAUCAAAAGAUUUACCGUGGCGUGUGCCCAAUCACCAAAUCCACCCCUUAUGAUGAACCGACAUAUAGAUUUCCCUAAUAUGCCCCUUUAAAGUAAACCGUUCCUCUCAAAGCUCUUUAUCAUUCCAGUCGAACUAGCCAUUUAUAUGGCCAUAUUAGCUCCUGAUGCAGCGACAAGUAGACUGUAUCUUUGGAAGCAGCGACAAGCGGACUGUAACUUGUUAUUUAGAGAUCAUAUGUUCACCUUCAAAACUAUACCUCCCGCUUCUACCUCCACAAACGCCACAACACUUAUAAUCAUUGUGUAAUAAAAUUCUGUCGACGCAUUCAUAAAAGAGAUAUUGAAAUAUUGUGUUUUUCAUUGUUAAUUCAUAAUAUGUUGUACAUUUAGAAAGUGUGUCAAAUCUCCGUAUGACGGAAUUAUCAAGCCUUGUAAUUCAUAUAGACAGUACGGCUGUAUAUUGCAAUUUAGGGAUUUCUAGCAGGAUGUUCUUUGCUUGGCUUCAGUCACAAAAACAGUUUUAGAACCUCGGUUUUAUGUUUGUAAACGUCUUUAGAAAGUCUCACAAUAGGCCAUCGAUGUUCUUUUUUUGCAUGGUUUAUUGAAAUUUCAUUGGCCCUGAUUCUCAAAUUUCUGAAGCCUUUAUGUAUUCUGCAUUUCCCGAUUGCAACACCAGCUGACAACAUCUAUCAAGUUGAGUUAAUGUUUUCGUGUUUAAAAGAUUAUAAUUUUAUAUACUGUAUAUUUGAUUGGAUGCCUGACGACUGGGAUUUAUUUUGUAAAAUGGCAAAUUGGUAUUUAAUACAAUAGUUUGAUCAGUUUCGUUUAUAGCUCGUGCGAUUGUAAGGACAGGAAUGAAAGUUUUGUUCGACAGUUUAUUUACAAAGAAUCUGUCGUUUUAUUUGUUGUAUCCUCUGAAUUUUGAGGUUUGGGGCGUGUUAGUUCGUAAAAUAAUCCAAAGGGCAUUUGUAACCGAUGUGUUGGGAGAGAGACGUUUUUUGUUUGUACACUUUUGACAAUAGGGGAUGACCCUUUAGUUGUGGUAGUCCCUUAAGCAAUCAGAAAUAAUCAAAGUACUAAGACACAAUAUUCCCCAUUUUAUCCUUACGUAGAAAAGGACUAUUGCCAAGCGGAUUUUUUUAACAUAAGGGCCAAACUCGCCAUUGUUUAAAGUUUCAUUCAUGAUGAUAUUGUGCACUGUUUUGGUUUAGUGUUAGGCCUUUUCUUUCUCAUUAAAUUUAAAAACAAUAUAAUUA